UUUUGCUAUCCCUUCUCCAUCAAGCGCAGGCAAAUCUCUACUCCUUCCUAAUCUCUUGCCAUGAUGGGCCGAAGAAAUGUUAGGUUUCCCCAUCGCUCGAAUGGCGACCAGGCGCAACGGUCAAGCUUUUCAGAAGUGAGCGAUGGCGAGAUAACAAAAUCAGAUGGCAAUCAACAAGAUACGUCGGACGCCCCGGCUCUCUCGGACUACGAGAAGAAGAAACAGACUUUCAUCACUCGAACGAUAUGGACUUUUGUCAUGAUCGCCGGGUUCUUCAGUGCGAUGUUCUCCGGACACAUAUACCUCGUUGCUAUCGUUACCGCCGUUCAGAUCAUUUCCUUCAAGGAGGUUAUUGCAAUUGCAAAUGUGCCCAGCAAGGACAGAAACCUCCGCUUUACGAAAUCGCUCAACUGGUACUUUUUGGCUACAACCAUGUACUUUCUCUACGGAGAGAGCGUGAUUUACUACUUCAAACAUAUUCUGUUGGUGGACCGGAUAUUGCUACCAUUCGCAACACACCAUCGUUUCCUUAGUUUCAUGCUUUAUGUUUUCGGUUUCGUCUUCUUCGUGGCCACACUGCAAAAAGGCCAUUACCGUUUUCAAUUCACACAGUUUGCAUGGACCCACAUGGCUCUUUAUUUGAUCGUCGUGCAAGCUCAUUUCAUCAUGAACAAUAUCUUUGAGGGCAUGAUUUGGUUCUUUUUACCGGCGUCUCUCGUCAUUACGAAUGACAUCUUUGCAUAUGUCUGCGGUAUUACCUUUGGCCGGACGCAACUGAUCAAGCUAUCCCCAAAGAAGACAGUCGAAGGUUUCAUCGGAGCGUGGAUUUGCACCAUUAUCUUCGGCUAUUUCAUGACCAACAUUCUGAUGCAGUACAAAUACUUUAUCUGCCCGGUAACAGAUCUCGGUUCGAAUGUUGUGUCUGGCUUGGAGUGUACCCCAAACCCAGUAUUCAUUCCCAACACAUACACUCUGCCCGACUGGCCUUUUCUUCCUAAAACGAUUACUGUUGCGCCAAUGCAGUUCCACAUUCUUGUUUUUGCAACAUUUGCAUCUUUGAUUGCUCCGUUUGGCGGAUUUUUCGCCUCUGGCUUGAAGCGUACAUUCAAGAUUAAGGACUUUGGAGAGUCAAUUCCAGGACACGGCGGUAUCACUGACCGCAUGGACUGUCAAUUCAUCAUGGGAUUUUUUGCAUACAUGUACUAUCACAGCUUUAUUGCGCUUCACAAGGCCAGUGUCGGGGAUGUCAUUGAGACUGCAAUCAAUGGCUUGACGGUCGAAGAGCAGCUUGAGGUUGUUCGGGGACUUGGUAAAUAUUUGUAUAACCAAGGUGUUGUGACAGAAACGGCUCUUGAAUGUAUAACAGGCGAGCUUUUCAGGCGAUGAACAGCCUUUCCUUGAUUUGAUUCAUACCGUCCCUCCACACUUGACCUUUUUGACUUCGAAAUUCAUGCAGCUUCACUUUUUACAUACAAAAUUCUAAUUGAAACAUGUCAUCUGGUCGCGCUUUGGGUCUGCAUCUGAGCGUUCUUGACCUAGCCAUUGACGACAACGGUCUUACUUUGCAAAACCUAGUUUCUUUCAUACAUCUCUAUUCGAACCGAUACCACUGUGUCGGGGGGAGAUAUCAUGCCUUCAUGCCAUAUUUUAUCCGGUUCAUAUCUGCUUACACAUUGAAUUUUCCUAACCUCUUUUGUCAUCGGAUCAGAAAUCGAGGGCGUCUUCAUCUUCUUCAAAGUUCUGUUUCACUUCUCCGCAUCUCCUCUUUCCCAUUCCUGCUGGAUCAUUGUACGUACGUAUGUCUUUUCCUCUCGUGUCAUGGCGCAGACCCUUGUCUCCCUCAAAGGACCAACGACUGAUUCUAUUCGCAUCAUUUCUGUCCUUUUCUUCACCUCUUGAACUUUUCAUGUUUACGCCUUUUGGUUCAUGACGAUACAGCCCCCGUUUUGUGUCAAUUUUCUGUUGUUCUGGGAUGGAUUGAAAUCGGUCGGUUGGAUUUUAUUUUCAUAAUGGGGUUUCUUUCGAGGUAGUGAAACGGUUUCUUUUGUGCGCAAGGUGCAAAUAAAAAAGGAGAAGAAGAUAUUUAGUAUUAGUAUUAUAUUGAGUUAAUUUUUAGUAUUUAUUUUUGGAAUGAGGUUGGUUUCUUUUCCAAUUCGUUUUCGUGGACUUGGUUCAUCUGAGUCAGAUUGUCGAAAGGAUAUUCACUAUGUUGAGUUCAUUCAGUCUAAAAGUGAAUACAACAUGCCUAC